CUACGUUUACUAUAAAUAGACGCAGUUUACCUUUUUACACAUCGUAAAUGAUGAUUUAACAUGAUUAACAAGUCGUUACGUCAGAAGGGCAGCCACAGCAUGCCGUACGAGUCGAUGCACCAUCAUCAGUCGGCGGCCGCUGCCGUGGCCGCCGGCGUAGCGCCAAAUAGCAUGCUGGACGCGCUGAGCAUGCAGCUGCGCGAUGCGGAAAUGCGCCGCACCGAGAUCGAGCGGGCGCAUCAGGAAACUCUGGCACAAAUACGCAACUUAAGCGGCUGCGCUCGACCCGACACCGAGGCCGUGGAGAAUCUACAGUCGCGUGCUCGUGAGCUGGAAAAGAAGGUGGCGCUGGAGAACGUGCACUGCGAGGAGCUGCAAAUCGAGCUAACUGCCGCGCUCAAGGCCAAGUCAGGGCGGCCAAGCGGCCAGCAUAUGGCCAACUGUCCCCCAACAUCGGCCGCAGCAGGGCAACAUGGCCAAUAUCCAUGUUCGAGUAUACCAACUUCUGCAAGCAGUUCCACCGUCACAUGGGCGCCGACAAUCAGCCACCAGGACCAAGGCUCCGAGAUUGAUAUAAUAAUGGCCAAGAUUGAGCAGGACAAUCGCGUUUUGGCCGAGCUGGAACAGCCGCGCACCUCGGCCAGCGCCAGCAUGUCAGCCUUGCAGAGCUUGCCGCCCAGCUCCAUGAUGAAUACGGGAAACAGCGAAUUUAGAACCAUAUCAAAGAGUGAACUUGAAGAAGAACUGAAUCGAUAUAAACGCGCCGUAUUGGGCGGCGCAUCGGGUGGCGGCGUUUCCGCUCUAUCGUCCGGCUACUCGAGCCUGCCACAAUCGCUGGCGUCCACGCUGGGCAAUGGAGCAAGCACCAGUCUGAGCGGCACCAGCGUUGGCUCGCAGAGUGCUGCCGCUGCUGCCGCGGCGGCGGCUUCGGGCGUCGGUACUGGUGGUGGUGGCUUAUCAUCCAUAUCGGCCUUGAUGCCCAACUCAAUCAGCGGCAUAUCCUCGAGUCUGAGCAGCCAUGCCCUGCAAUCAAUGAACGCGGCUGCCUACGGCGGUGGCCAGAGCUCCGUUGAGAAGCUGCUGAGUGGAACUAGUGGAAUAACUGGCAUUCCACCAUUGCCGGUAAAUAUUCACACGAUGAAGGCUAUGCCAACGGCAUUAAGUCAGAGCACAACCAUGCCCCUCCUGUCACUCAACUCGCAUAAUCUGCCGCCUGGCGGCUCGACCAGCUACUCGGCCCUGGGCCUGAGCGGCGGCAGCGGCGUAGUCGGCAGCUCGCUGACCCAUCCCACCAUGAGCAACAUCAACAUGCUCGACACGAGCGCCCUCCUGGGCCUGGGACCAGCUGGCGGCGGCAUUACGGGCGCCACCUCUCUUUACGGGCUGAGCGCUGGUGCUGCCGGCGCCUUGGGCAGCACGUACGGUCCGCCGUUUAUGGACGCUGCAUCGAGCGCCUCGUAUCCGUUCACAUCGGCUGCACUGCGCCAGGCCACCAAGAUGAAAAUGCUGGACGAGAUUGAUAUUCCGAUGACGCGCUAUGGCAAUCGCAGCUCACCAUGCUCGCCCAUACCCGUGGGCCACAGCAGCUGGGGCCUGGACGAGUUCACCGAUGGCCUGGGCGCGUCCCUCAUGCACAAUCGCAGCGGCCUGGCGCUGGGCGCCCUUGAACUGGACACUCGAAACCAUGGGCUGAACGGCGCCAGCGAGCCGCAGGUUGACAUGUUGGACAUACCUGGCAAGGGACGCUGUUGCGUCUUCAUUGCGCGCUUUCCCUAUGAUCCGCCAGAGGAAGCCGAGGGCGAGCUCUCCCUCUGCGCUGGCGACUAUCUGCUGGUGUGGACCAGCGGCGAGCCGCAGGGUGGCUAUCUGGAUGCUGAGCUCCUGGAUGGACGACGCGGCUUAGUGCCCGCUUCGUUUGUGCAGCGACUUGUGGGCGAUGAUUUGCUGGAGUUCCAUCAGGCGGUGUUGUCCACUUUGCGCGAUGCCGAGGAUGGCUCCAUGCAGUGCGACACAACGUCGCUGCCUUCCUUGCCGCCGCACAACCCAUUGCUCACACACACGCACGAGGAACUGGCACGUUUGAGUGAGACGCACACCGAUCUGGAGCACGACCAGGAUGACAUUAGCGAUAAUGUUCCAGCUCCGAAGCACUUGACGCUGGAACGGCAGCUUAACAAGAGCGUGCUCAUUGGCUGGUCGCCGCCGGAGCCGGUGGGCUACAAUCUGAUUGACAGUUAUCACGUCUAUGUAGAUGGUGUGCUCAAGGUCACGGUGAAGGCCAACGAACGCACACGCGCUCUGAUUGAGGGCGUCGACUCGACGCGGCCGCAUCGCAUUAGCGUGCGGAGCGUUACGCAAACCCGUCAGACGUCCAGGGACGCCGCCUGCACAAUGAUCAUUGGGCGAGACACUUCGCACUUGGGCCCCUCGGCGGUGCGCGCCUCGCACAUAACGUGUUCCUCGGCGGUUAUCUCAUGGCUGCCAGCCAACUCCAACCACCAGCACGUGGUGUGUGUGAACAAUGUGGAGGUGCGCACCGUCAAGCCGGGCAUGUAUAGGCAUACAAUAACCGGGCUAGCGCCGAGCACCCAAUAUCGGGUGACUGUGCGGGCCAAGCACUUGCGUGCCGUUGGCCAGCAUACGCCGCAAGCACCGGGCAGACCCGGCCAGGAGGAAGCACCCGGCGCCUAUGCCGAUUUUCGCACACUGACCAAAGGUUUGCCUGAUCCCCCACAAGACAUCCAAUUGGAGGCUGGUCCUCAGGAUGGCACCAUUCUGGUGACAUGGCAGCCGGUUAACCGACCCACGUCUACGGGGCCCGUAACCGGCUAUGCUGUGUACGCCGAUGGUAAGAAGGUGACCGACAUUAACUCACCCACGGGCGAUCAUGCACUCAUCGACAUCGGUAAGCUGGGCGUCUUCAAUCCCCGGGCCGUUACCAUACGCACCAAAUCUCGCGAUUCACAGUCGGCGGACAGUGCACCCAUCUUAAUACCAAACAACGUGCGCAACGCUGUCGCUCGCCGGGGACCAAAUCAAAUGGGCAUGGGUCCGCAGCUGCCGCAGCAGGGCCUCCACGGCAUGCCCAUGCAGCAGCAUCAGGUGGGCAUGACCGGGCAGUCGCACAUGAUGGUCGGCCAGCAGGACCACACGCAAUACGAUCCCAAUCAGAUGCAGCAGCAGCAACAGCCGGGCCAGCUGCCCAACCAGCAGCCGGGCCAGGCCCAGCCGGGUCAUCAGCCCGACGGAAGCUCCGGCUUGUUAGGUGGCCUGCUCGGUGGCCUCUUCUCGAAACCCACACAGAAUCAAGUGAACCAGAAUGGCUACCAGCCGACUGCACCACAGCGCGGCAUGGUGCCAGGACGACCCCAGGGACCACAGCAGCAGCAGCAGCAACAGACGCAACAACAGCAGCUGCAGCAGCAGCAGCAGCAGCAGCAGUACGGAGCACAGGGAGCACGCUUUCGUGGACCCGUGCCGGGACAGAUGCAAGGUCAAAUGCACGGCAUGCAGGGUCAAAUGGCUGGGCAACUGCCUGGGCAAAUGCAGGGUCACAUGCAGGGUCAAAUGGCGGGUCAAAUGCAAGGCCAAAUGGCGGGCCAACUGCCAGGCCAAUUGCCUGGUCAAGUGCAAGGUCCACGCGGUGCACUCAACCAACAGCAGCAACAACAGCAGCAGCAGCAACAGCAACAGCAACAGCAGCAGGCGCAGCAGGGUCAAAUGUUACCCGGGCAGCAGCAAUCGGGCCAACAGCAGCAGCAACAAUUGUCCGCGGCCCAGAAGAAGCCGCGCUAUUUUAUGGCAAUGUUCGACUACGAUCCAUCCACAAUGAGUCCUAAUCCAGAUGGGUGCGACGAAGAGCUGCCCUUCCAAGAGGGCGAUACUAUCAAGGUGUUUGGUGAUAAGGACGCCGACGGCUUCUAUUGGGGCGAGCUGCGCGGCCGUCGCGGCUAUGUGCCGCACAACAUGGUCAGCGAGAUGGAGGACACCACUACCCAAAUAACCGGCGGCCAGACAACGACGCCCGGCACCGGCCAGGUGAUACCCGGCCAGAACGCGCCGCAGCAGAGCAUGCGCAACGUGAGCCGCGAUCGCUGGGGCGACAUCUAUGCGAAUAUGCCCGUGAAACGAAUGGUCGCCCUCUACGACUACGAUCCCCAGGAGCUAAGUCCGAAUGUGGACGCCGAGCAAGUGGAGCUGUGUUUCAAGACGGGUGAGGUCAUACUCGUUUACGGUGAUAUGGAUGAAGAUGGUUUCUACAUGGGCGAACUGGACGGUGUUCGGGGCUUGGUGCCAUCCAAUUUUCUGGCCGAUGCGCCCGAUCAGUACAACAAUCAAAUGGGACCUGGCGGCGCCGCUGGGCGCGGCAGUCUCGCUCAACGUGGCAGAGGCCAGGGGCCCGGGGCCAGGGGACCGCCCCCGCCGCCCCGCGACAACAUGAUGCCCGGCGUGGCUGGGCAGCGUGGCGCACAAGGCAAAAAUGCUCGCCCUGCUUCCCCUACACUGUUAGACAACACGGGCCACCCUGCCCCCGAUCACCAAACGCAGAUGAUCGGUCGCGUUGGUAAUGUCGGCAUGCAGCAGCAGCAACUCCAGCAGCAGCAGCAACAGCAGCAACAACAACCUUAUGGUCAGCAACAGACGCAAAUGGGACAACAGCAGCAGCAGCAACAACAGCAACAAAUGGGCAUGGGACAAAGUGGAAUGAUGGGAAUGGGCCAACAGCCGAUGGCCAUGAUGGGCGGACAGACGCAGCAACAGCAGCAAAUGGGACAACAGAUGGGCGGCAUGGGCGGCAUGGGUCAAAUGGGACAAAUGGGACAGAUGGGAAUGGGUCAGCAGCAGCAACAGGUGCCGGUGACGACGCAGGCGCCAACGGGCGGACUCUUCUCGGGGGCAACUAGCCUGCUCUCUGGUGCUACUUCGGCUGCCACCGGUGGUCUAUUUGGGUCGAAGCAACCGCCCAAAACGGAUCCAAUGCAACCACCUGGCGGUGUGCAGCCAACGCAGCAACAAGCAAACGCCUUCGGUGCCCAGCAGAUGCCGCCGGGCAUGCAGCAGCCCGGCAUGCAGCAACAGCCCGGGAUGCAGCAACAGCCCGGCAUGCAGCAACAACCUGGCAUGCAGCAACAGCAGCCCGGCAUGCAACAACAACAAAUGCCACCGCAAGCCCAGCCGCCGCCACAGGGACCGGGCGCCGGUCUGCUGGGUGGCCUCAAGGGCAUCGCAGCAGCGGCGCCCGGCGGCGACGUCCUCUCGAAAGGCAAAGAUCUGUUUGGCAAGUUCGGGUUCGGCUUUGGCAAAUAACCCUGGUCAUUCCAUAGGGUCCUGUUAUAUUAUUCGUAGAUUAGAUCUAUUAUUAUGAUUAUGCUAUUGAUUACCAUUACUAAGCUAAUAUAUACAUAUAUAAAUAUAUACAUGUAUACACGUACAUAUAUACAUAUGUAUACACAAUUAUACAAAGAUAAAGUUAAAGCCGGAUGCAAAAUCAAAGAAUCCCCCAGUCCGCUGUGGGCCUGUGUAAAUGAUGUUGUAAUGUUGAUUUGAUGAAUGCAACUAAUAGAGCUAAUGAUAAUAUUUUUUAUUAAUACAAUUGAUAGAAAUAUUAAUAAUACUGAACACAGGCGGAGACAACAACAUCAAGCAGAAGAAAGUACAUAAAUUGUUGUAAAAUUGAUUUAAUAAAAUAAUUAACAAAUUUUCAAUUUAAGUAAAUUGAUAGCAAAGAUAAAUAAAUUGAAUAUACAAAAAAAUGACAAAAAAUAGACAAAUGAAUGAAGAGCUCCAUUGCAACUUCUCACACACACAUACACACACACACACAUAUAUAUAUAUAUACAUCUAAUAAGGCAAAUGAUAGAGGCGGAGUGGAAAAUACAUAUAUUAUAUACAUACAUACAUUAUAUUUACAAAUUAUUUGUUAA